CGACUGCUGCCGCCAUUCAACCUCCCGGCUUCCGACUCUUGACUUCUUGCGAAUGUACAGUAAAGGAAUCUUGGCUUACCACUAAAAAGCGUCCAAACCUCGUCGAAGAAGGCCCUGCAACCCACACUGGUGCGAACAGGAUGCCCGGCCUUAUCCUGGGUGAACAGCCGGAUGACCUGACAGUUGCCGUCGAGCAGAUCAUCCUCUCCUCAUCCGAGUCCGACUAUCUCGACCGGCUGAUACCGCUCCUGAAGAAUGCGCAGACACAGACCCAGGUCACGCCCCUGAUACAUGCUCUCAGCCAUGUCUCGGCAGAUCGCGAGACGCAAAUCGAGCGGAUAUGCAACACCAACCACCAGGAGUUCAUUAGCAGCGUUCAACAAUUGCAAUCUGUCCGAGAGGGCACAGUCAGUCUGACGUCGGAGAUCAUGGAGCUAAGCCACAGCAUUGAAGCUUCGACAGAGAAGCUGGCCGAGCAGAAGAAGGCUCUUGUCGACUCGCGAGGUGUACGGCAGAACAUUGACGAUGCCACGCAAGCGCUCAAGGACUGUCUCGAGGUGCUCAGACUGGCCAACCAAGUACAUGAUCUCCUAGGCAAGAAAAACCAUUACGCCGCACUUCGAGCGCUUGACGAGCUGCAGAAUGUUCAUCUUCGCGAGAUCACGCGCUAUAAGAUCGCCGACAUGAUUGAACGUUCCGUACCAGCGACGCAGCGCCUCAUCGCGGAGGCUGUCAUGACAGAUCUGAACACCUGGCUGUUUCGCAUUCGCGAGACUUCACAGUUUCUGGGCGAGGUUGCGUUCUAUCACACGGAAAUGCGCCGAGCUCGCCAGAAGGAGCGCGCGGAACAAGAUCAAUACCUCGGCGCCGCGAAGCUCAACUCAGCGGUCGAACUUGUCGCGGACGAAAGCGAAGAGUUCGACGUGCUCAACAAUGAGGAAGUGCAGGUCGACUUCUCACCGCUGUUCGAAUGCUUGCACAUCCAUGACGCUCUUGGCCAGACUGAUAAGUUUCGAGCUGACUACGCCGCCACUCGACGGAGACAGAAGGACUUACUUCUCCCGCAGAGCCUCAACUUACUGGACGAAGAAAGCAACGGCCUCAGUAGCUUGCUGGAGGGCAUUGCCGGCUUCGCCAUUGUCGAAAAAGCCACUAUGGCAAAGACGGAGAACUUUCGCGCUCAAGCCGAUGUCGACGAGCUGUGGGACAGCAUGUGCCAAUCCGCUAUCAGUCUUAUCAGCAGUGCACUGCAUACGGUUGACAAUGACGAUAAGCUGUUGAAAAUCAAAGGCGUCAUUGCGCUCUUCAUCCAAACUAUGGACUCGUGGAGCUACAGCGUCAGCAGUCUGGAUGGCUUACUCCUGACACUCUUCGACAAAUACAGCUCGCUGCUCAAGAAACGCUUCUCCGAUGACUUCCAAGAAAUCGUGUCUACUGAUGACUACAUGCCUAUGCCCGUCAACGAUGCAGACGAGUACGCCAAGGUUAUCAAUGUGUCGUGGUAUACUCCUCCGGAGGACGUGCCACCUUUGGAGAAGAUGGAGUUCCCAUGUGUCCUUCCCUUCAGCCAGAUGUAUCCCUUGGUGUGCAUCGACAUUCGCAACUUCCUGAACCAGAUCUACCUUUUCACCGACGACCACUUCAAGCACACCAACGUCAUUGACCAGACGCUGAAAGACAGCUUAGACGAGCUACUAGUGAACAAGGUCUGUCAAUCACUGACCGACAGGCUCAAGUCGCAGUACCCAGGCCAGAUCGUGCAGAUUCUCACAAACGUCGACCACUUCGAGCAAGCUUGCUCCGAGCUCGAAGGCCUGCUUGUCGAAGCAAGAAGCACCGCGUCUGCCGCCGGACCCAUUAAACUACAAGCGACGCAGAAGUUCAAGGAUGCCAAGACCGCGGCCGAGAGACGGAUAUUCGAACUCGUUAACAGCAAGAUCGAUGAUCUGAUUGAGACUGCGGAGUAUGACUGGACCAGCACCUGGGUGCCGGAUUCGGUGAGCCUGUACAUGCAGGAGCUCACUCGGUACUUGAGUAAUAUCAUGUCCUCGGUGCUGCUGGGCUUGCCGUACUCGAUCAAGGACAUGAUCUACUACACCGCUUUGCAGCACAUUGGGGAGUCACUGAUGGUGCUGCCACUUGACGCUGCCGGGCCGAGGAUCAGCAAUCAGGCGGCGCAUGCGUUUGUGCUGGAUGUUGGCCAUCUCGUCUCUUUCGUGCAGAAUCUGGACGAGGGUGAUCGCCCGCAAGUACUCAUCGAGGCCUUGGAUGAGCUGAGACAGACUACCGACCUGAUGUCUCUGGCAGCGGAAGGGAAGGGUGAGGCCUUCUUUGACGUCUCCAUCUCGUCGAAGAGGUUCCCCAAAGUGGACAAGAUCAAGGGGGCGGAGUUGCUGGAGAAGGUGGAGACUAGUGGGGGUAUCGGUGCUGCGUCACAGGCUCCGAGCAGUCCGGUUGUUGGCAACCUUGGGGCCCGAACGGAGGGUCACAUGCACAAACCUAGCGUGAUCGGAGAUUUUAGGGAUCGCUUGGGGCAGAUUGGGAAGCGCGCGUAGUGCUGCUUGUUGGACGCGGAGCGUAGGUGUUGUACAUUGCUGUCGAGGCACUUCAGACACAAGUAUUUGUUGUGUUUCUGAGAGCCAUUUGCCCUUUGAUGCGCCAUAUACACCCGUGCUAUGCUUCCAUUUGCAUCUCAUUCGCCUCAUCAUAUCCGGCAACCCAGCCACUACUCGUACACCCCCCUAUCAUGGUCGCAAUAUGUGACUACUGCGCGAGUGGGGAGAAGAGUCUGUGUCAGGGUCAGCAUGACCGCUCCCUGCGGAAGAGGAACCAUCA